AUGUGUACGAAUGAUAUUCUUCUUGCAGCUGCUCUUGAUUCAAGUAAUGUGCCUCCUGCAAAAUCAUUCAUUGAUAACUGCUGUACGAAUAAUGUCGAAUUUACCCAAACUUAUGAUGAAAAUAUUUAUGAUAAUGGAGUUAUACCUUCUAAACAUUUAGUCAUAAUAUGUUGUAUGGAUGCACGCUUAGAUAUAUUUCGUAUGCUAGGACUACAACCAGGUGAAGCACACAUCAUUCGAAAUGGUGGUGGUCGUAUUCGUGAUGCUGUUCGUUCACUUAUUUGUAGUCAAACGUUAUUUCAAACAAAAGAAUUAAUGAUUAUUCAUCAUACUGAUUGUGGUUUUACUUAUUUUUCAAGCAAUGAUCAAAUAUUGGCAUCACUCAUGGUGCAAACAGGAACACUAAAAAGUAAUUUAAUUCUCCCCCGAUCAAGGUAUCAAUUUGAUAAAUCUGAUUUUAUGCCAGUUGUUGACAUCGAACAAUCAAUUCGUGAUGAUCUUGCUGAAUAUAAGCAAUAUCCAAUGUUGAAUCAGAAUAUAAUUCGUCGUCAAUCGUUGACAUUAGAUAUUUCACCAAUUGGUACGACUCAAAUAGGAGUUCGCUCGUCAAGUAAAAUUCGUCCUUUGAAUGACGAUAAGUUUUCAUCUGCUACAACUUUUGAUCAUCAUUCGCUUCCACGUGAAAGAUCAACUAAACGAUCAUCUAUUGUAACACAUUCUCUUAACCUCUCACAGCCAUAUCAACAACAUCAUCGACAAGUUCGUCAACUUCCUCAACCUCGUCAACCUCGGCAACCUCCUCAACCUCGUCAAGCUCGUCAAGCUCGUCAACUUCUUCAAGCUCGUCAACUUCUUCAAGCUCGUCAACUUCCUCAAGCUCGUCAAGCUCGUCAACCUCCUCAACAAGUACGACGACUUCAAGGAUAUGUGAUUUUUCAUGUCUGA